AUGUCGCCCAAAGAAUGUUGCUCCUCAGUAAACAUUAACAAGAGUCCAAGGUUCCUCCAGCUUCUGGUCCUGUUUGAGAAGGAGCAGCUGCAUCUGGAUGCAGGCUGCGGGUCUUCUUGUUGCCAGUCUAGCUGCUGCAAGCCCUGCUGUUGCCAGUCCAGCUGUUGCAAGCCCUGCUGCUGUCAAUCCAGCUGCUGCAAGCCCUGUUGCCCUUCAGGCUGUGGGUCUUCUUGUUGCCAGUCCAGCUGCUGCAAGCCCUGCUGCUGUCAGUCCAGCUGCUGCAAGCCCUGCUGUUGCCAGUCCAGCUGUUGCAAGCCCUGCUGCUGUCAAUCCAGCUGCUGCAAGCCCUGUUGCCCUUCAGGCUGUGGGUCUUCUUGUUGCCAGUCCAGCUGCUGCAAGCCCUGCUGCUGUCAGUCCAGCUGCUGCACACCCUGCUGCUGUCAGUCCAGCUGUUGCAAACCCUGCUGCUGUCAGUCCAUCUGCUGCAAGCCCUGCUGCUGUCAAUCCAGCUGCUGCAUGCCCUGCUGCUGUGAGUCCAGCUGUUGCAAGCCUUGCUGCUGUCAGUCCAGCUGCUGCUGCAAGCCCUGCUGCUCUUCAGGCUGUGGGUCUUCCUGCUAUUAG